AAAAAAUCUCUCAUUCUCUUUUUUUUUUUUUUUACUUUUGAAAAUGGCGGACGAUAAGAAAGAGUCAACGUCAAGUUCGCCGCUUCGAAACGAAAGCCUCCAUGAAGAUCCCGAAGAUUUCGUCAAAUCUCCUCCUUCUUCCCCAAAUUCCUCUACUCGCAAGGCUUGCUAUGCUGUUCUUCAAAGUUGGGUGUCAAAGAAGUUCAUGACUGGAUGUGUGGUCCUCUUUCCUGUGGCUGUUACAUUUUUCAUCACAUGGUGGUUUAUUCAAUUUGUUGAUGGUUUCUUCAGCCCCAUAUAUGAAAGACUUGGUAUUGACAUAUUUGGCCUUGGAUUUGUCACAUCGAUAACCUUCAUAUUCUUUGUCGGCAUUUUUGCUUCAUCAUGGCUGGGUUCAACAGUUUUCUGGUUAGGGGAGUGGUUUAUAAAGAGAAUGCCCUUUGUGAAGCAUUUAUACUCUGCAUCAAAGCAAAUUAGUUCUGCUAUUUCACCAGACCAGAAUACCAAUGCUUUCAAGGAAGUUGCUAUAAUUCGUCAUCCCCGAAUUGGUGAAUAUGCGAUUGGUUUCAUAACAUCUUCAGUUGUUCUCCAGAGAGAUGACGGGGAUGAAGAGUUGUGCAGCAUUUUUGUCCCUACAAAUCAUUUGUAUAUAGGGGAUGUAUUUUUGGUUAAUUCCAAUGAUAUCAUCAGGCCAAAUUUGUCCGUGCGAGAAGGCAUAGAGAUCAUUGUCUCUGUGGGAAUGUCAAUGCCACAGGUGAUUUCUCCUAUAGAAAAGAUCACAAGACAGAACGACCGGAUCCCUCUAAACAGAAUGUUAAAGUAAACAGAAUCCUCUUCUCCCGUGCUUAUGAUUUGCUUGCACUAAGCUACCACAGUUUCACUUUUGAGUGAAGUCUCACAUUAUUUUCGUCGUCUUCUGUGUUUGAUCGAUGGUUCAGCAUAUCUGAACUGAAGUUAUUAGUGACUUUGUUGUAUGUUUAUUCUUUAGAAUUAGGAGGAGGAGAUACUGUUUGUUUGAAACAAAUAGGUAGGGAGGCAUUGUUUGGCUGUUAUUGGUUUACUCUAAUUAAACAAUUCAUUGUGGUCCGUAUAUAUCAUUGUAACUUAUGAGUUCUAGUUUUUGUAUUUAUAAAGAAGCGGUCAAUUCAGUCAUCCAAUUUUGUUGUUUUUUU